CGCAGGUUGUCCCCGUUUCCCCUCCCCCUUCUCUUCUCCGGUUGACUUUCCAGGUCCCCUGCACUCCACAGUCCCGGUCCCGUCAUGUCCCAGAAACUAGAAGAAGAGAACCCUGCGGAGGAAACCGGCGAGGAGAAGCAGGACACACAAGAGAAAGAAGGUAGUCUCCCUGAGAGAGCUGAGGAGGCAAAGCUAAAGGCCAAAUAUCCAAACCUAGGACAAAAGCCUGGAGGCUCUGACUUCCUCAUGAAGAGACUCCAGAAAGGGCAAAAGUACUUUGACUCAGGAGACUACAACAUGGCCAAAGUCAAGAUGAAGAAUAAGCAGUUGCCAAGUGCAGGACCAGACAAGAACCUGGUGACUGGUGACCACAUCCCUACCCCACAGGAUCUGCCCCAGAGAAAGUUCUCACUCGUCACCAGCAAGCUUGCAGGGUAA